CCAGACUUCGAUUCACACGCUACUUCCUGGAUGGAGGAAUGGAAAGCUUCCAGUGCCGCUCCAACUAUUCCCUCUCUGUUUUCGCCAGCAGAACCGCUGCAGCUCUCGGAUGCAUGGACUAGCCUACUGCCACUAGCGUCUUCUGCUCCUAUCCCCUCGAUUCUUGUUGAAUGAACUGAAUCAAGCUCGAAAGCUAUAUCUCUCCUAACUGACAUGUUUUUCUUUGGGAGUAUCAAGAAGCUGUUUGGAAGGAGGUUUUGAGAAGUAAAGACUGUUUUCUGGAUGUUCCAGACAGCACUGAAUAUAAUUCCACUGAACAGUCACUAGCCUACAUUUAGCAGCAUUUGCGCUGUUUUUACGCAGCAGACAUUAAUUAUUUGAUCAGACGGAUAACUCAACAGUUGCCCUUUUUGCUCUCGAUGUUCAUUUUGUCAUGCGGAGGCUACUGCAAUCGUGUUGCUGGUGGAUCUUGUCUCUGAUCUUGUCUGCCUUCGUUCUCUUUUGGGCCGACUGUCAUCCUGCGCUGACAGGAGGGCAGCCCGGGUCCACGCAAGGGAGCCAAGAUGGCCGAGCGCCCGGGAGCAGACUCAGAAGAGCGGCUGAGGAGUCCUACUGGGCCUAUUCAGGUACGUACGGGCCAGAGGAGGGCUGGUCAUCAGCCUACCCAGAAUGCAGAGAGAGGAACCAAUCCCCAAUCAACAUCGCAGAUCAGGACAGCAAGGUGUCCAUGGAGUAUCAGGAGCUAGCUUUGGACGGAUUUGAGACAGAGUCCUCCAACAAGACUUCAAUGAAGAACACUGGCAAAACAGUGGCUAUCAUGCUGAAGGAUGACUACUUUGUUCGUGGUGCGGGCCUGCCCGGGCGUUUUAAGGCGGAGAAGGUGGAGUUCCACUGGGGCCAGAGUAACGGAUCUGAGGGCUCUGAACACAGCAUCAACGGCAAGAGGUUCCCAGUGGAGAUGCAGAUCUACAUGUAUAACUCGGAUGACUUUGACAGCCUCAGUGCUGCAAUACGUCAGAAGAGGAUCAUUGCAGUGAUGUCGGUCUUCUUUCAGGUGGGACUGAAGGACAACCCAGCAGUGGACCCCAUUAUCCAUGGCUUGAGGGGUGUGGUUCAUCAUGAGAAAGAAACCUUCCUGGAGCCCUUUGUUCUGAGAGAUCUGUUGCCGUCAUCAUUGGGGGGUUACUAUCGCUACACAGGCUCUCUCACCACCCCACCCUGCAGCAAGGUGGUAGAGUGGAUCGUCUUCAACAGACCUGUGUUCCUCUCCUACAAACAGCUGGAGGCGUUCUACUCCAUCUUCACCACAGAGCAGCAGGACCAUGUGAAGUCUGUGGAGUACCUGAGGAGUAACUUCCGGCCAAUCCAGAGCCUCGAUAAUCGUGACGUCUUCAAGUCCGCAGUGAGAGACGCCUGGCUACCUGACCUGACGGACAGCCUGGGAAACCCGUAUGGAACCGAGGCAUCCAAAGUGUGCAGCAGUGCUCCCAUCAACAUGAAGGUGCAGCAUCUGAACCACACGGCCCUGGUGGUGCGAUGGACCCGACCAGAGUUCACCUACCACCCGCCAAUUAUCUCCUUCCUCAUCUCCUACAGCUGGACUAAACACGACGAGUCCUACGAGGAAACGCAUGUCACCGACAGCCAACACAAACUGGAAGCUGUCAUCACUCCGGUGUCUCCAGACGUGCUGUAUCUGUUCCGGGUGCAGGCUGUGUGUAUGAAUGACAUGCGCAGUGACUUCAGCCAGAGCAUGCUCUUCAGAGCUAACACAACCAGGAUAUUUGAAGGGACGAGGAUAGUGAAGACUGGGAUGCCCACUGUUUCCCCAGCCUCCUCGGCAGACAUGGCUCCCAUCAGCUCUGGCUCCUCCACCUGGACCUCCUCCGGCCUCCCCUUCUCCUUUGUGUCAAUGGCGACAGGCAUCAGCCCCUCCUCCAGUGGUAGCCAAGCGACGGUGGCGUCCGUGGUGACUAGUACCCUACUGGCAGGGCUAGGGUUCAGUGGUGGGGUCAUAUCCUCCUUCCCCAGCUCUGUGUGGCCAACCAGAGCCCCAUCCUCCAGCCAGAAUCCCACCGCUGCCACCCCUCGUCAGCCCACCAGCGAACCAGCGGCCUCCCAGAGCACAGACGCAGCCAAAGACAAUGGAGAGGGCUCCGAGGACGGGGAGAAAGGUGCCAAAGGUGAGGGAGAGGAGGGAGAGAAAGAAGGAGAGGAGGAUAAGGAGGAAGACGAGGAGGAGAAAGAGAAGGAGACGAAAGAGAAGAAAGCGAUGGCAGACAAGGUAGAGAAGCAGACGGACAGCACGGUAGUGAAAGAGCCGCCCACGGCCACACCAGCCUCGACUGCCAAAGAGAAAGGAAGAGAAGGAGGGGAGAGUGAGACUGAAACGAACACCAGCAGCACUACGCCCUCUAGUGCUGAGGAGGACCAGCUGGUGACACACACACAGAGUAUGGUGGAGACAGACACAGUGGUGCCCCCUACCUUGGAGCUAGGGAAUGACACGGCAGAGUUCACAGCCCCAGACAGCCCCUCCCCCACCCUCCGGCCCAGCACAGGAAGGGACAAAAGCCACUGGCCAUUCUCCAUACACACAGAGAGGACUAGCAUGUCCAACUUGACCCAGCAGGGUGCCCCAGGGGUGGGGAGGAUGGAGUGGAUCAUCCCCCUGGUGGUGGUCUCUGCCCUCACCUUCGUCUGCCUCAUCCUGCUGCUGGCUGUGCUCGUCUACUGGAGGAUGACCAGUUUCUGCAAUCUACUCUGCAUAAAAUACAGGAGGUGUUUUCAGACGGCUCAUUUCUACGUGGAGGACAGUAGUUCUCCCAGAGUGGUGCCCAAUGACAGCAUCCCUGUCAUCCCCAUCCCAGAUGACAUGGAGGCCAUUCCUGUCAAGCAGUUCAUCAAACACAUCUCAGAGCUCUAUUCCAACAACCAGCAUGGCUUCUCAGAGGACUUUGAGGAGGUGCAACGAUGCACGGUGGACAUGAAGAUCACGUCGGAGCACUCCAACCAUCCAGACAACAAGCACAAGAACAGAUACAUCAACAUCGUGGCCUACGACCACACUCGGGUGAAGCUACGGCCUUUAGCUGGGAAGGACACCAAACACAGUGACUAUAUCAAUGCCAAUUACGUAGAUGGCUAUAACAAGCCCAAGGCAUACAUCGCGGCCCAGGGCCCUCUCAAGUCCACCUUCGAGGACUUCUGGAGGAUGGUGUGGGAACAGAACACUGGCAUCAUCGUCAUGAUCACCAACCUCGUGGAGAAAGGAAGGAGAAAAUGUGAUCAGUACUGGCCCACAGAGAACACAGAGGAAUAUGGGAACAUCGUGGUCACGCUAAAGAGCACCAAAGUGCACGCCUGCUACACGCUACGACGCUUCACCGUACGCAACACAAAAGUAAAAAAGGGUCAGAAAGGGAACCCUAAGGGGUGUCAGAGUGAAAGAACGGUGGUGCAAUACCACUAUACCCAGUGGCCUGACAUGGGCGUCCCUGAGUACACCCUCCCCGUGCUCACCUUCGUCAGGAGGUCUGCUGCCACCCAGACCCCAGAGAUGGGCCCUAUGCUGGUCCACUGCAGUGCGGGUGUGGGCCGGACAGGGACCUACAUCGUCAUAGACAGCAUGCUGCAGCAGAUCAAGGACAAAAGCACAGUCAACGUCCUGGGCUUCCUCAAACACAUCCGGACACAGCGCAACUACCUGGUACAAACAGAGGAGCAGUAUAUCUUCAUUCAUGAUGUGUUGAUUGAGGCCAUCAUGGGGAAGGAGACGGAGGUGUUGUCCAGCCAGCUGCACAGCUAUGUCAACAGUAUCCUUAUGCCUGGGGUGGGCGGCAAGACACGGCUGGAGAAACAGUUUAAGUUGGUGACUCAGUGUAAUGCCAGGUUUGUGGAGUGCUUCAGUGCUCAGAAGGAAUGCAACAAAGAGAAGAACCGCAACUCCUCGGUAGUACCCUCGGAGCGUGCGAGGGUGGGGUUGGCACCUUUACCCGGCAUGAAAGGCACAGAUUACAUUAACGCGUCUUACAUAAUGGGCUACUACAGGAGCAAUGAGUUUAUCAUUACCCAGCAUCCUCUGCCCCACACCACUAAAGACUUCUGGAGGAUGAUCUGGGACCAUAAUGCACAGAUCAUUGUCAUGCUGCCGGACAACCAAGGGCUGGCGGAGGAUGAGUUUGUGUACUGGCCAAGCCGAGAGGAGGCCAUGAACUGUGAGGCCUUCACUGUCACGCUCAUCAGCAAAGACAGACUAUGCCUUUCUAACGAAGAGCAGAUCAUCAUCCACGACUUUAUCCUGGAGGCCACACAGGAUGACUAUGUGUUGGAGGUGCGUCACUUCCAGUGCCCUAAAUGGCCCAACCCUGAUGCUCCCAUGAGCAGCACCUUUGAGCUCAUCAAUGUCAUCAAGGAGGAGGCCAUGAUCAGAGACGGACCUACCAUAGUGCACGAUGAGUUCGGGGCAGUGUCAGCGGGCAUGCUGUGUGCCCUUACCACCCUGUCCCAGCAGCUGGAGAGUGAGAGUGCCGUGGGCGUCUAUCAGGUGGCCAAAAUGAUCAACCUCAUGAGGCCUGGAGUUUUCACAGACAUAGAUCAGUACCAGUACCUUUAUAAAGCUAUGCUCAGUCUGAUCAGCACCAAGGAGAAUGGCUCUGGCCUCACGUCCAUGGACAGAAACUGCACCAUGGCCAUGUCUGAUGAGUCAGACCAGGCAGAGAGCAUGGAAUCCCUCGUCUGAAGGGCCCACCCACCAGGUCUGAGGGGCCUAAGGCCCUCACAGACAGAGAGCCACUUACUUUGUAAAAUGUCAAGGACUAUAAGACAAGACUUUUUGAGGCCUUUUUUGCCAGACUCUUGGUUAAAUGAAUAACCUGAUUACUUUUUUACACUGAUAAAAAGUUUUUGAUAUUUAUUUUUUGCCAUUUUAAGUCUUAAUGUUAUCCUACUGAGCGUUUGCACCUACGUUUUUGAGUUCACAACAACAAAACAUACUUCUGUCUUUCUUGUUUGCACUAUAAUGUCAGUUACUGCCUAUACUAAGCUGAUGGACUCUACUACACUUAAACUCUGAUUUCAACAUUCCAUGGCAAAGCCCUCACUCAACUGCUUUUGAGAAGUAGGAAAAAAAACAUUGCUCCUUUUGCUCUCUACUAGCUCAUAUAAGGAAGAGGAGUGAGAGUGUCAUAGCUCCAUGUUCAUAUGAAUAAGCUGUCCAACCUGAGGUUCAUUACAGUAGACCACCUCUUCUCUCCUCACCCUUGUGGCUCAAAUAUCUCUCAUUUGCUGCAGGGCUCAACAGUCUGGUUUCUGUCACACCUACAGGCAAUAGGGUCACCAGUUCUAUUUGUUGUUUGAUUAACUUUUGUUUAUAUGACUUUUAUCUUCAUUGUGCAUCUAAUUAGCAAUUCAAACCCAUAUUUGAAUAUUGAAGGUAGUAAUAUAACAGCUACUGUGAACUUGUAUUAUUUUUAGUAUGAUUCAUAUUAUGCUUAUAUAUAUAUAUAUAUAUAUAUAUAUAUAUAUAUAUAUAUAUAUACUGAUCAUUAUAGCUUGUGAUUUUGUAGAUGUCAUGACAUGCCUCAGCCGAACUGACUCCCACUUGAUCCAACAGUUUACCACUCCUAUUCAAUGCCAGUGUUGAUUUUCUGCACACUUACACCCCCUUCUGGCUCAGUUGGUUUUUGCUUCUUGCUGCUAAUAGUCUACACACAGUCACAGAAGAGUCAAAUGAAGAAAUGAUAAUGCCCUUGUGUGAGCGGAAACUUCUUUUAGAAAAUGGAUACUAUUGAUACAGCCAAUUGCUAUUUUCUGUGUUUAAUUUAUUAUUGGGGUAAAGGACUUAUGCUCCCACAUCACACAGCCUUGUGUACGUCGUUUCUAAUCCUCACUGUUGCUCGACUCUGCUUGUGUGUGGUAUGAUUGUAUGCUAUGACUGUCAUAUGGUGGCCUAAGCAAGGAAAGAUUUACUGUGGUUUUUGAGUCCUAGAGUGAUUCACAUAAACUCAUUGACCCUGUUUUAGAUGUUGUCAUACUGCCACCUCUAUAUUUCCUGGUAGAUUUCACUUUGAUAAAUAUCUCCCUAAGUUAUCUGAAGGAAAGAGAGACCACCUGUGAAUUCAUUAUACAGCACAAUGAACAUGCUAUUAGAAUAUUUGUAUUUGAUUAUCACAACAAAGCAUCGAGGAUACCUAUGAUUUGUAACUUUUACCAAAGACUUAUACUCAUUUCCAUUAAUAGAAAUAUUAUAGAGAGGGAGAGCAAGUUAAUUGCAUUUGUGUCUGAUUCCCUUUUUCAGUGAUAUGUAGGCUGCUGAGUGAGGAUAAUUCUGUUGACUUUUUCUCUUCUUCUUUUGGCAUCUUUUUGUUUCCAGGCUGGAAUUUCUGCAUUAACUCCUCAUCACUUGUGUUAGUUUAGGAAUUCCCUUUGCCACAGAAGGAGUUCAUUGCAAUUGUAUUAUAUUUAAUUUCUCACUCAACUCAUAGAAUUACAAAAUUAAGUGGAAAGAUGCAUCAAUUAUUUGAUUAUUUUACCCGUCGUGUUUCAUCUCCUUCCAAGGAGGGCUUUUGAAUGAAGUCAUAACUCUCCAACAUUUGGGGUAGACAGCUGACUUUUGUCCCUUUGUCAGUGAAGGCAUUUUGCAUCAUUAAACACUCGCUUUUUUCAGUUUCGUCUUGUUCCAUCAGGUUAAGUCUUCAUUUCCUGACUGAGCAAAACACAAACACUAGUGUGUCAUGAAAACAAUGUACAUAUUUUGUUGCUUCUAUAACCAACCGUUCUCUGGAAACUUUGUAUCUAUGGUAUAUAAUCAUAGAAUUUAUAUUUUCAUAUAAAGCUAUUUUUCUUUCUCUCGUUUCAACUCCUUCGUUGCUUUACUUUUGUGGUGAAACGUGGAAACCAAGUCUCUGUGCACUGAGCUAGUGGUUGUCAUCACAUUCCAAUACAAUUCCACGCCUCCCAUUAACUUUAAGUCAGUGAUUGUGAUAUCAUUAUUGUUAUUACUUUGUUUUUGUCAUUUUUUUUCUGAGUUACAAUUCUGUUGUCGGAGUGUAAUAGAGUAGCUCUAGUAAGUCACUGAAUCAUUUCGUCCCAUUGACCAUUUUGAACAGCUGGGCGUUGCUUCUUCUUUUGAUAACCUGAAAUAAGAAAAAAAUAAGGAAAAAAAUGUUUUGUUUCGUUGAAAGCUAUAUCAGAGCAUUCUAUUAUAGUGUUAUUUAAUAUGUCAAUUGUAUUGCUAUACUUAAAAUAAAAUAUGGGUUUUGAUGUACUUUGUUGAAAACCUUGUGUGGUCCAUGUUUCAUGCCUUUGUGUAUUGAAUUUACUAGUUUGUAUCAUAUUGUGAAUAAAGCGUUAUCAUUCCA